GGAAGAGCCAUUUUUUAAAUUUGCACAACCUAAUGCAAUUCAUAAUUCUACUGAUAUUUUUAAAAGUAAUCUUUAUGGACUUCAAUGAAAUCUUACUUAAAAUGUUAUAAGUAAUUAUAUACAGAAAUUCCAGGAGAAAUUAAUUGUGGAAUUCUAUGAAACAGUUAUUGAUAGACAUUAAUAGAAAGUAGAUAGAAGGAUAAAGAAGAAUACGAGAUAAAUAAAAAAGCUAAAAUAUUAGUAGAAAAUUUGGAUUAUUAUUUUCAUGAAGAAUAAUUUUUAAAUAUUUUCAUGGUUAAAGAG